ACCUUUCUGCAUAUCUGCUUUUAACUACGUAUCAGCUACCGUUUUCUGUCCCUGCCCGUUCCUUCGCCCUAGUGACCUGAAACGCCGCUUCGUUCGUUGCGACGCGAGGACGGAUUAGCUCACUCCAUGGCCAGGUCUUCCUGCUUAAUCCUCUGUUUUUUCUUGGUGGAUCUCGUUACAGCAACAGCGCAGGAGCAUAUGACCAGGAAGGCGGACCUCUACCUUUUUUCCCUACGGGCAAACUCUACAGAACGGCCAGCGCGUCCCCUGCCAACUAGCGUGUGUGCUAGGUUGUCGCAACAGUUUCUGCCCACGGACGGAUAUCUCGUGUCUUUCUCUCCGGUGAACAACACACUUCAGGAGUGCUCCUUCGUAACCCCAUCAAAAGGAUAUUCGGACCUCCAUGUUGUCCACAAGAACCAGUUUUUUGUUCCUCCUGUCCAAAACGACAACGGCUUGUCCGCCGUUGUCCAGAUGCGGCAACAACACGACACAGGCCAAACAGCCUGCUCUGGAGCAAAUCAAUGUAAAAGAACAGGCAAAUACCACUGAUCCAGCGAAAUAUUGACGAAAUUUCACUCGAUGACGGAAGGGGAACUGCCGCAGGAAAGAGAGAGAGAGAAGGAUCUCGAUGUUUCUACAACAGCGCUCGAGUCAGUGGUCAAUGCCGAGGAAUCGAGCUGUAGCGUUUCGCGCGAAAAGCAUGGCUUGCUCAACGGCGCGGAGCACGUUUUUUCCAAGUCUGGAAAGGACAAAAAACAUGGCGAACGGAACGCCUUGUUCUCUAUGUUUCUGCCGGAACGAUGGAGAAUCAUCUGCUGACUCAAUUCACUGAAGAAAUUCGGAUAUCCACGCCGUUGUGCAACCGUAUACGCGCGAAUAAAUUUUCGUACGUUUUGUUACGCGAAUGCAUUUUGAUGGUUACCCGCUAAACCUCGGGACACAAUUUUGCCGGCGGCUCAUUAGUUACCCCCUUUUUCAACACAUGUUUCAUCUUUCUCUCUCUUUCCGUUUUUUGAGAGAAACAACUUUUUUUGGGUGCUGCCGCAACGCGCCGGGGCUUGGAAAAAGAGUCAGAAAAUCGACGGACGAGGGACGGCAGCAGUCGAUUGACCCAGACAUCCGGCGUCUUUGUUUCGUUCUUCCGGAAAAGGGGGCAACUGUGUAAACGUAAAGGGGCGAUGUUUCUCGAAAAGACACCUGUUCAUCCCUGGUUUCUGAAUUGCCGUGCUUCUUCACGUGUCCAGCGGUGUUUCGAGCCUACACGAGUUUUGUAGCCCGCUCCGAGUUAUUUGUCUCGACGAAUGAGUUACAUUCUCUCGGAGUUUCCCAACACUUUGUCGUCUUCUUCGUGCGUUCCUGACUUUUUGUAUGUACUGUCAACACAUUUUCGUCGAUUGUUACGCUGGGAUCGGCUCCCAACCCUUUCUGUUCUGCAUGCCGCGUCGUUACCGGGUUGUCUCUCUCACAGAGCCACUUGUCGCUCGGCCUCCGACACACAUCCGUGUAGAUUGUGGCGUUCACGUUAGGUUUUCUCAUUUGUAUGCAGUUUUUUUCGGCUUUUCGGUCCUCUUCGUGGUUGUCUCUUCUUCUACUGAAGUGACAGCUGCACUCGCGAACUGUCCAUUUGUGUACACGAGACUGCUCUAUCUAUAACUGCAUACAUUGAUAAAGAACUACAAACCGGAUAUUUCAGAGAAUCUUGUCUAAUCGCGGAUGUGUAUCUCUCAGGCUAAUCAAGAAGUUUUGGAGCUGGUCAGAUUAGUGAAAACUUCAUUUGGAAAUGCAGCGUGGGAGCUUCCACAAUUCAUUUUGCUUCUUGUACGCCGUGGUGAUUUCUCCAGUUCCAAACUUGUGUUUCUCGUUUGUCUUUUCUCCCGGGGUAUUCCCUGUGUGUCUCCUUUAUCGCGCGUGCUGUCUACUUCAGUGUCUAUUUAUGACGCCAGGUCUGCAAGCUACUCUACUACGUUACUCGGGUGCACACCUCCAUAGGACCCCCUUUCCCCGAGCGCCUGUCGGCAAAGCCGAAUUUCGAAUGUCUGCUCGCCGAUGAAAAGAAUACAGAUGGAAGAAAAGGAUGGUAACGUUCAAGUCGGGAGAAGUAGACGAGCACCAUGAAUCAUUCUUGCGCCGCGAGCCUCGCUCCCCGUCACGCAGUCCAUCUGCGGUUCAGUCUUCAUGGAAGCCUGUCUGUUAUAUUGAGGAGAUUGACUCUUUAACCACUUUUCCUUCGUCUGCCUCAUGCGACAGUUCCAGCAAAACAAAGUCAUCUAGGUCUCUCAUCUCCACGUCUCUCGAUCAGCCUAGGGAUUCUGCUUCAUCGUCGUCUGAGCCUCGUCAGUCAGGUUUGCUUCAUGUUAACGCGCAAGACCUCUCUCCUUCCCGCCCUCCUGAGUCGCUCUACCAGACUGGAUAUGUCCGUUCUCCUUCGUCCUUCGACGGCACACUUUCCUGCGUCGGUGAAAAGACCGGUGUGGUUCGUGGCAAAUCGGGGCACCCGCCGUUGUCUUUUAGAAGUCCUCGCAUGCAGUCUGUGGCUCAUUCUGAAGAUCGAGACCGAAAAGGUUUGACAUACUCUUUCGACGCGUAUCCCCCUGAAGUCUUCUCGCGCUGGAAAGGCAGAUCUCGAACAGGUGAAUCUUGCGGACUCGUUACCUCAUCUCGUGGCCGUUCGCCUUGCUCACGCUCUCCGCCUGGUCGCUCGUUUCCUCGCUGUGUAGAUCCGCAGACAGAUCGUAUAGAAGAAGCAUCUCAAAAUUGCCUUCCACAAUCAUCGGAACUCCACGCUUCCGAGGUUCUAGGUCCUGCUGAUCCUGCUGCCUGCCCCACACAAAAACCAACUGUAGAACCAGACAGCUCUGUAGCCGCUUCGGUGUUCUGUCCUGGUACGCAGGCAGAAUCUCAGCAGGUACCUAGUCUACCGACAGAUGCAUUUUCAGGCGGAGACCCUGUGCGUAGUCAAGUUGGAUCCAAACGAAGUCACCUGCUGGAAGACAUACAAGGAAAAACCCGGUGUUCUGCAGCACGGGCCGUGAUCGACUUUGACGCUUCGGGCAUCAGGAGCGUAGUGGUCUCAGAUCUCGGUGGCACUCCGCUUCGCCUGUCUCCUUAUUUAGACACUCUCCCACGCUCGAAUCACCCUCUUGUUCUCUCGAAAGCGGCAACCUCUGUCCCGCCGUAUUGCAGUUCGAGUUCAGAGAACUUCUCAGAAGCUCGACAGGGGGGUGAGUCCCGUCUGACAGGUGGAGCGGCUCCGGAGGGUGGUAAGCUAAAAGCAUCUGCAGUUUUGGGUGGCAACCCGCAGCCACGGUCGUGCCCUUCAGGAGGAACUCAGGCUAUGGGCGGGAAAUAUCAGGCAGAGGAGUCCCCAACUCGUUCUGUUUUUCGUGGCAAAGUGACUGUACCAGCAGCAGAAGUUCACACCACUCAAGCUGCUGGGUGCCCCAGUGAGCGUAAGGUGGGGGAGUUCAGGUGUCAAACGGACACGGACACGCUUCGUCACUUUCGGAAAUCUCUUCGUUCGUAUUCUGAUUCUCCAAAGCGGCCAGAAACCAACUCCCUCAACCAAGGGCGUUCUGGUUCUUCGAGAAUCAUCGGUCAGCUGUCCGACGCCACGUUCGGCUGUCGCGACAGCAUGGCCUCUGUCCGAGGUGCCUUCGCUCCGCCCACAUCGACGGUCUCCAAAUCUCUGCGGCAUGAUGAAGCCGUCUUGCGAGAACAGGGGAUCAAAGUCCGUCAGAAGGAUGCGAUUUUUCUGAAGGGUGUUGAAAAACGGCAUCUUGGGAUGCAGGCAGGCAGACAAGAUUCGAAACCUCGAUACGGUCUUGAGUCUGCUGCUAGCUGUAACGCCACUGGAGCUGGUGAGGAUCCGUCACCAGGCUUUAGAAUCGCUGGGCGGGCUUCCUCCUCCAUCUGCGCCGGUGGCUCUAGUGGCGAAAGCAUGAACAGCGCCUUCAUGAGAGGUCUUCCUGGGAGCGCUUCGAAUGUGAGACUGCCGCAGUGGAUGCGCGACUACGGAGUAGAGGAUCCUUCGCUUCAGACAGACGGUUGUUCUCGGAAUGUGGUCAGCACGCGCCAUCCAGGGACGUGUCAGUACAGCUCAGCUGACGCCAGGCGGCCAAGGAUGAGGGUCAGCGCGGGGGCUCCGGCGAAUCUGACGCCAUACUUGUGGGAUGAGAAUUCCGACAGGGAUGGUGACAACAGCCUCGAGGAUAUCUCUUGUGGCCCUCCUUACCGGGGCGAAAUGACCUACUCCAUCACGCAUAGCGGCAACUCUGGAAAUCAGCUUUCCUCGCAGCUCCCGCCCGCGCCUCUGUCUGUGCCGGGCGACGUCGGUUCCUUCGGGUUUCCUGUUGCGCACUUUGUCUGUAGCAACUGCGGAGCGACAGCAGUCCCUCCGCAGUGCCCUACGUGCGGAGCCGUGAUCGUUCAAUUUGACGGGACGACCCAAAUCCCUGUGGCCUACCGGACGAACGGCACUGAUGCUCUGGGACUUGCGUCGCGAGCUGUCCUGCGCAACGGCGACUCCCGAUCUGUGCAGUUCAGUGGGGAAGCCGACCCUCAGAGCCGCUCCUAUGCUCCCUAUGACGCGUCGCCUUCUCGGUCUCGAGGGCCCUCCGCAUCUCGCCGGUCCCACGUACACAGUUCACGCCAGGAAAGAAGAGAGUUGUCUCGGGGAGAAGCCGAAACAGAGAGAUGUACCGCGGGAACUGCGCGCAGGAGUGGGAUGGUCGCCGUGACAGCGAAGAAAAGUGGGCCGCCUUCCCGACAGCGGCUGGUCGCUUCCUCAGGCCCCUCGCUGCCGUCGACCAAGAAGCUCGCGAGUCAGGUCUGGGGCUCCCCACGCGUCUGUGCGAUUCUCUGUUCGUUUCUUGGUCUCCCGCAGCUCCUUACGAUCCGUCGCUGCAGUAAGAACCUCCUUGUGGCUGCUCAAUUUGAAAUGCGGUACGUCCUGUAUGGGACCCUUCAGCAACUGCUUCGCGAAGAGGAGACGAGCAAGAAGGCGACGAGUUCUCGCCCCAAGAGCUGCGAGCCUCCAAGUGCGCGAAACCGGGAAGGACGGGGAAGAACCCUGACUCCAGGUGUGGCCUCCACGGCCAGCGCUCGGGACCGAUCCCUUCCCGCCUGUCCUUUCAACGCACAGACUCUCACUCGCCUUCUGGAACUCUCGCCCGCAGAACUGACGGCGCUGAAGAACGGGCAACUGCCGGACAGGCGAGUCGCAGACGCCAAGACACCGCGCCCAGAAGAGCUUCGGGCUCGCGCUAGUCGCCUGCGCAGGCUCCACGCGGAGCGGGUCGAGGAACAGCGUCGACGCGUUUCGGCCCGCACAUCUGGAAAGAGGGUCGACCGCGAAGCCACAGAGCCUGUGCUGGUGGGCCUGGACGAAGAAAUGCAGCUGCGACGGGAGAUGCAACUCCAGCACGAGGAAGAGCUGCUCAUGCGCGAGCGCAGACUCCAGCAACAGGAGUGCGAACUCUUCAAGAAGCAACAGGAAAUCUGGUUGCAGGAAACCCAGCAGCGCCUUCGACAGAACAUCACUCGAAAUGGCAGGCCUCACUUCGCGGUCCCGGAGCCCGCGGCGCUCUCAGGAGCAGGAGCGUCCUUCCCCUGUGCACACCCAGGUGGAUGGCAGAAGAGACACGUCGGCUUCGAUGACGAUUUGGUCAAGGGACCAGAAAUCGACUACGAGUCGGAACCUCCAUCAUUUCGUCGUUUGCGUCAUUCUUUCCUGAAACUGUGGAACUACAAUGAAGCUCAGUUCAAGGCAGCUCUGUAUCGACACGCGUUCUCCUCCUUCCCAGCUUAUAACUACGACACAACCGCCAUUUUGUGCAGGUGCAUCUAUCAGCUGUGCGCAGACGCGACUUCGGCGCUUCCUCUGAACUCCAUUCUUAUGCUUCUCACGGACCGUCAGUCCUACCUCUGGCGCCGGAUGGCACGCCUGUCCGGCUAUGUGAUUUGUUCGUUCACUCUAAACGGCUGUCGUCGCGAAAUAGGUCCCAGCAUGCCCACCACCAUUCAGCGAGUCGUUCCCAUUCCUCUUGAUGACGGCUGCUGGGACGGAGGCCGGAGCCGCGGGAGUCACCGAGCGACCCCCUCGAGGGGCCGGGGCGGCGCUUCCCGCGUCGGCAGAGAAUUUGGUGACGACAGCUCCGAGGACCCGAUUCCGCCCUUCUGCUGGAAAGAAGGGAUCCGCGGCGCAGUGCUCGAAUCGAUCGAGCUGAAACUCGCGAAACUAUCUGAGGAGUUCAUUGAUGAAUUCGUUCUCUACGGCCGCCAGCAGGGCCUCCUUCUGCAGCUGCAAGGCGCCGACAGCACCGUCAACGGACGGCUCCUUGCCACGACCCUUCGUCGAUUCUGCAAGCAACCGGAGGACCGAUAUGUCCUAAUGGAUCUCUAUGAAUGGCUUGCCGCCGCGAUGACCUUCUCGCAAAAGUGUAUAAAAGCCAAAAUCGAGGCGGCGAAGCGUGCAUCGCCUUCGCCUCAAUGCCGAAUCGCCCGACCCUGUACGGGAAGACUGCAAGCUUUUCCUCCCUACGAGAGGUCCGAAGGACGCUACGGUGGUCGCUCGACGACUCCCGCUUUUGGCUCGAGCGUUCGCGGUAGAAGCGGCUGCCCCGGACGCGUGGAAACUCCUGGAGCCACAAGUGCUAUGACGCGCGGAAGAAGCAUUGCUCGCGUUUCAAUGGGUGCUCGUCGAGGCGUGGUUGAAGACAGCGUUCACAGUAUCGCCUACGAAAACGCUCUUUCAAGCCGGACAAAAUCGCGUGAGAGGCACGCAGACACACCCACAAGGUCCCGGUUGGUCCUCCGAGGAAACAGAGCCGCAGACUUCCAGCGACCUGUGCGGGGUCGGUCACCCGAUUCGUCUGCAAAUCAUACUGGAGUCUUUGGCAGACGAUCCGAUGGCAAACUGUCAACGCAGUCCGGAGUGAGGAGCAGCAGUGCGUCCAGGAGUCGGUUGACGAACCAGGUGUCAAGUGGCCUGACGGCAAGGGAGGCAGCGGCUCUCUGCAGAUUGCUUCAGAAUCAAGGGAAGAUUCUUGAAGAGGUCAAACAAAUCCUGAACAACAUGAGCGCACCCGGUCGCCGACACACUCGGGUGCCAUAGGGUGUUCGCCACUAUUGCUGUUUACAAGGCAGAGGCUGCCGGUAGUUCACGGGAGAGCCGAUGCAACAGUAGACACGAGGAGUUCGGUUUCCAGUGCAAGCCACAGCACUUCUUCGUGUCGUCCCUCCAAAGUUCCGAUAGGGAAAGCAGGACGCUAUCACGAGGAAGUCGAGCUUCGGGAGAGAACUGUGCCGUCUGCUCCGACAGACAAAACUCCUCGACCCACAUGGCGUUCUUUCAUGAGAAAAGGCACUCUCGAAACGCAGCUGGGAACUUUUUUUCACCACGGGGAUCCGUUCAAUGACUUCAGUCGGGGAUAUGGCUUGCCAUUUGCUCCGUAACGUAUCCAGUUGACGAAACACAAUACGUCUUCCCAUUCCCCUGCUGGCAUUUUACCUGGGAUAUAAUGGCCCGUUCGGUGGAAUGAGCUGAGAAGAGAAUUUUCGCCUUCUGUUCCUGAAAGACCAUGUUGCCACAAUAUGCGGUGCAGAAGGAAGACAGACAAUACCGAUUAACGAAAUCUAACACAGAUGGUGCUGGUGUCAGUUUUCUCACAGGAAGACCGCGUUGCCGAGCAAGCAUGCUGAUUCUCGUGUCAUGACCAGAGGAUGGCGCCGAAUAAAGACCGUCUGUUCUUAUAACUCAGGCCAUCCGCAUAACAGGAGGCCCGCUCGUGUCAUGAAACAUGCAUUUCCCUUAUUUUCGACUGGCCUUCAGGGGGAGGGAGCAGAUAAACACGGAGUUUAGGUCGGAUUCGCUGUCGUUGCGGCAGAGGAAGCCUCUCGGACUCUUGUAACGGCGUCGUCUCGUUACCCUUUUUCCCCGUCGGUUGUUCCCAUAUCAAGCGAUACCCAUCGCUGGUGUGUGCCUAUCUAGAAAUGUAUCAAUUGUUUUUGAACUAGCUGCCAUUGCUUUUCGCUCGUGUGGAGCGCAUACAACCUACAGAGGCUUACGCACAUCUGUGCGUUGGAAUGUGUACACGUAAUCAUGCCCGUGCGCUGAAGCUUUUUACCAGUUGUGACGGGAGUUUAAAAAUCAUAUAUUCUGAAAUGACGUAGCUGCUCACAAUCCGCUACGCUUCUGCUCGGGUGAACACCGAGCAAAGCCUUCACACGUUGUCUUUAGGGUCCUAUGGAUGUAAGUGUGCUUUGCAUGCAUGGUCACGCUCGACUAAGUUUCUGCGUUCAUAGCUGCCUAUCGGUACGUACAUGCCGGCGAGUUCUCAACGCGUGAGCGGUACUUUUGGAGGUUAGGAAGCAUGCGAACGCGAGUCUUCGAUGUGAUACUAAGCCUGACAGGGCGCCAAAAACUGGAGAGGAUCCCGCUUGCGCGGAGCGCUCGCCAAAGUGGAGUGGCAUUAUGGUUGACCCCAGUUUCCGUAAUCGAAUGUGCCUGAAACGCCUUAUGUUUUCUAUGUCGUGGAAGAACUUGAAUAGAAAGGACGGAAGCGGCAUCUGACAACUCCGACGUUGGGGUAGCGAUAUUUACACGUGUGGAAACAGGUCGGAUUACAGAGGCGCUCUGUGGCAUUUCACAAAAACAUUGCCGUGUAGCUUCGUAGAAGCUUUGGGUUCCAGGAUUAACACAUUUUCGAUACACGGCCAAACGUAGAGGAAAGAAAACCUGUCCCCUCGUCCGUAAGUAGAAUGAAGCACGCAGCUUGCAAUAUUCCAAUCACCGGCACCGGAACACACUAUGAAAAUCACUGUUGAACUGGUGGGUUCGUAUGAGGCUAAACGGACCGCCGCUUUCGAAUGCGCUUAUUGGGGGUGAUGUCGAAUCGUUUUUUUUACAAAUGAUAUAAUCGAAAAGGAUGCUUUAACGGGGCUGAGUCGGCGACUCUCAACAGGCGAGUCGGCCGUACAAGCGGCCAUUGUUGCUGGAACGAGGUUAGAAUAGUGAAGCAGUGCAUAUCUCGAAAGCAUCGCUCUAAAACAGUUCAUUUUGUUGUGCUACUUUUAAAGACGUACAAGUUUCACCUUCAUGUGGAACGCAAAGAUGCAAGCCCGUAUGAUUUUUUUUCUACGCCUACAGCCUUCGAGCGGGGAUGGCACGCUUCUAGACGAGUGUGCUCGAGUGCCUCCAUGUUGAUGGUGAAUCGAGUGUUCGAAGUGGAAAUUCGUCGCUCCCCAUAUCUAGUUUUUCUUGUGCAAAAGUCUAGUUCGUGCGUUUGCCGGUUUGUGCUAUUCGAGUGCGCGUCGGUUCCCAGGCCAAGUGUGCAAGGUACUCACAAACUGUGGAUAAAGCUAGUCUCCUCAGGCUUUCCCAGCAGCUAGUGUGUCCUUGUGUGCGUUCUGUUAAAGUGGAACGCCCUUUGGGUACCUAUCACAGUGCAGUUUCUCUUGACAUACACAAGUCGGGAAUUUCAGAGGCUCAGUUCUACCUGUAGUUCGUGAAAUCACAGACAGCAUGUAUGACGGAACAAAAAUACUAAUUCUGGCCGUUGUGGCCAUCUUCUGCUCGAUGGGGA